ACCUCUCAGAGGAAGGAACGCACGGUAUGGAAACAGGGACAGAGACAAAGGUUCGAGCAUGCCCUACACACACAUUCUUAUCCCCACAACAUAACAUAACAUAAACUUCAUUUCAAGUUUGCUUCGACGCUUCUUUUCUUUCCCUCUCUCUGUAUCUGCAUCUGCAAUGCUGACUGAACCAAAACACAGAAACCUCAACUCAUGGACUCUCUCCUCUCUCUAACACCCAAACCCAAACCAUUCAAUUGCACCCCUCUUUUCCCUUCCACUAACUCAUCCCUCUUUCACUUCACACCUUCUUCUUCUGCAAAAUCCCAGCACUCCAAUCCUCAAAGAAACCCCAUCUGGCUCUCCUUCCCACUACUCCAAACCAUAAAAAAGGUGACUAAUUUGCAACCCCAGAAAAGGGUUUCCGAUGGAGAAGGGUUUUAUUUGCAGAACGGAGGAUUGGGUGUGGCUCUUUUGAGCGUAACGGCCAACGCCAAACUUCGGUUUAGUCCAUUCGUUGCUACAUUGGCUGCGAACCCAACCUUCGUUUCGGGGUUGUUGGCGUGGGUUAUAGCCCAGUCCAUUAAGGUUUUCUUGAAUUUCUUCGUUGAAAGGAAAUGGGAUUUGAGACUUCUUUUUGCCUCCGGAGGAAUGCCCUCUUCUCACUCUGCUCUCUGCACCGCCCUCACCACCUCCGUCGCACUCUGUCACGGCGUCGCCGAUUCCCUCUUUCCGGUGUGUUUGGGGUUUAGCCUUAUUGUCAUGUAUGAUGCAAUUGGUGUUAGACGACAUGCUGGCAUGCAAGCUCAGGUGCUUAAUUUGAUUGUGGCUGACCUGUUUCAAGGGCAUCCAAUUAGUGAAAGGAAGCUGAAGGAACUUCUAGGUCACACUCCAUCUCAAGUUUUUGCUGGUGCUCUGCUUGGCUUUUUAGUAGCCUGUUUCUGUUGUCAAGGUUGCGUAGUGAGGGCUUAGGUGAUUGUGUUGCCAGUUUUGGACAAACUGUAUUCAUAACAAUAACAUACUAUUUGCUCCGAUGCAGCCUUCUGGUAUAUGGCAUGGCCUGCUUAAUCUGUACACUGUAUUCAAGUACAAAUACCUCAGCAUGACAUGAGUAGAAUGUAAAUUAUAUUUUUUUCUCCAGUGUCUUACACUGGAAGGCUCAUCAUUAAAAUCCAUUUAGAC